AUGUCCACUCCUUUGGUUCAGCAAUUCCCAUCACUAGCUUCUUACCCUCCGUCAUUCCUUAAAGAUCUACUAUCUUCACCUGAACUGACAGAAGCGUUCCUGUUUUCAUUACCUGAGAUCAAAGAUCUAGCAGCAGAAGUAGAACAGCUGGGAAGGGAGAAUGAUGAAAUCGCUCGACGGAACCUCGAGUUACGAGAUGAAUUGAUAGCGUUAAGAGAUGCUACUGCACAAUCCUAUACCCAUGCAGAAGGAUUGAAAAGUAGAUGGGUGGAUAUAGAGAAAUUGCAAGCAAACUUAUAUCAGCGUAAUAGACCUUCAUUCCUCCAUCUUAGACUACGACAUUCACUUAGUUCUCAAGAUGAGUCUUCGGAGAAGAUAGCUUCAGCGUUCAUAGAAGGUAAAUCUGCCGGUGCAAGUAUACCUGGAUCAAGAGUAGAUUCACCUUCACCUUAUUAUAAUGAAGGUUCAAGCACACCUCUUCCUGUUGACCGAAACCAAAAUAAAGCGAUAGACAAAUUCAUCAAUGAGUUCAAAGCAGCAAGGAAGACUUAUCACAAAAGGGCUAUUUGGGCUGAGAGAUGGUCUAGGGGUGAAGUGGCUUGGCGAGAUGAUUGA